CCACCCCAGCCCCAGUGCGCCUCUCCAUCCUGAAGUUGCCCCUAAUUGCACCCCAUUCUCCUCCCCACGCCACUCAAGGGCCUCCGUGUCUUCUCAGCACUCUCUGCCUUCAGAAUCCGCCUUCCGGGCUUUCGUUUCUGCUGAACCAAACAGAGGCCCUUGCGCGUUACUAGGCGUUUGUCUGCACAACAACCCGGCGGUGCUUUCCUCCGAGCCCGGGAGGCUCCAACCCAGUCCCGAGGGGGCAGGGCGGUCCCUGCACGGGAAGGCCCGCUUCUGGGCGCCUGGGCUGGUGCCUACGGGUUGUGGGAGGAGGGAGAGGCGAUUGGGCCGGGCGCCACCUCUUCCCCCGCCCUCCCAGCCCGCUGCGCCCGCCCCCGGGAAUGUCGUGACUCCUCCCAGGCCCCCUGCACUUGAAAGGCAGGGGCUGGACCCCGCCCUGGCGCCAAGCACCGGGCCCCAAGGUUCUGGGUCUCAGUCCCCAAGCAGAGCCGACCACUGGCGCGAUGGUGGCCGUCUGGCUGGUGCACGUCGGGCAGAAGCUGCUGCUCUGCGCGCUCAGCGCUGUCUCCCUGGCGGGCGCCACCCUCACCCUGAGCUUCCUGCAGAUGAUGGCGAGCUACGCGUAUAACUGGCUGCAAAUGAGGCCCAUCCCCAGCGUUUCGGGUGCCUACCCCUUCCUGGGACACGCGCUGCUCCCGAAGCGAGGAGGGAAAGAGUUUUUCCAGCAGGUGAUUUAUUAUACUGAACAAAACAGACAUGUGCCAAUGGUAAAAGCCUGGCUUGGCACAGUACCAGUAAUAGCCAUGUAUAAGGCCGAAACUAUAGAGGUAAUUUUAACUAGCUCAGAGCAAAUUGACAAGUCUUAUCUGUACAGGUUUGUACAACCAUGGCUUGGCCUAGGACUUCUUACAAGUACUGGAAACAAAUGGCGCUCCAGGAGAAAAAUGUUAACACCCACUUUCCAUUUUACCAUUCUGGAAGACUUCUUAGGUGUCAUGAAUGAACAAGCCAACAUAUUGGUUAAUAAGCUUGAAAAACAUGUUGAUGGAGAAAAAUUUAACUGCUUUUUUUACAUCACUCUUUGUGCCUUAGAUAUAAUCUGUGAAACAGCUAUGGGCAAGAGUAUUGAUGCUCAGACUAAUGAUGAUUCUGAGUAUGUCCGUGCAGUUUAUAGGAUGACUGAUUUACUACAUCGAAGAAUGAAGACGAUUUGGUUCUGGCAUGACGUAUUGUACCUUUUGUUUAAAGAAGGAAGGGACCACAAAAGGAACCUUAAGAUCUUACAUAAUUUUACCACCAAUGUCAUCAAUGAACGGGCCAAUGAAAUAAAGAGAGAUGAAGAACGUAAAACUGAUGACAAAGUCAUGAACCUCUCCAAGAGAAAACGCAAGGCUUUUCUCGACCUGCUUUUAAAUGUGAUGGAUGAUGAAGGGAACAAGCUCAGCCUUGAGGCUAUUCGAGAAGAAGUGGACACUUUCAUGUUUGAGGGCCAUGACACAACUGCAGCUGGAAUAAACUGGGCCUUGUACCUAUUGAGUUGCCAUCCAGAAGUCCAGAAAAAAUUAGACAAUGAACUGGAUGAAGUGUUUGGUCUCAUGUUUAUCUUUAAGGCAAGAAGAAAGGAGAGGGGAGGAUGAAGGAUAAUAUUAGUCUCCUAUGACUGCUGUUACCGAUUCUGCAAACUGGGUAGCUGAGCACAAUAGAAAUUUAUUCUCUCACAGUUUUGGACACCAGAAGGCCCAGAUGAGUAUCUCUGAGUUAAAACAAUGUGUUGGCAGGGCUGCACUUUUUGGAAGCCUGAAGGGAGAAUCCAUUCCUUCUGGUGACUGCCAACAUACCUUGGCUUAUGGCCACAUCAUUCACAUCUCUGUUUUCAUCUUCACAUCACUUUCUCUUCUGUGGCUGUGUGUCAAAUCUCCCUCUGCUCUCUCUUAUCAUGACAUUCUUGAUGGCAUUCAUGGCCCACCUGGAUAAUCCAGGAUCAUCUCUCCAUUUUAAGAUUCUUUAAAAUCUUCAAAAGAACCUU